CAUGGAAACAGAAGCUGAUGGAGAGGACUGUGGAGGACCAGAACCAGCCAGGAACUCACAUCCACUUUUACAACCAGAGACUGAAGACCAGACUGGAGAUUCUUCUGAACCUGAAACUGAUGCCAGUGCUGAUUGGAAGGAGACCAGAGAACCUCAGUCAGCUUUAAACUCUCUGAAACAUGAUUCAAGAUGUAAGAAACCAUUCAGCUGCUCUGAGUGUGGGAAAAGAUUUGUCCUCAAGUCAAAUCUGAAGACACAUACGAGAGUCCACACAGAAGAGAAGCCUUUUACCUGCUCAGUUUGUAAUAAAUCCUUUACAGUGAGUGAACAUUUACAGUCACACAUGAGAACUCACACAGGAGAAAAACCUUUCAGCUGCUCAGUCUGUAAGAAGUCUUUUACACAGAGAGGAAACUUAUGGUCACACAUGAGAAUCCACACAAGAGAGAAGCCUUUUAGCUGCUCUGAGUGUGGUAAGGCUUUCACUGUUAGUGUAACCUUGAAGAAACACAUGAGAACUCACACAGGAGAAAAACGUUUUAGCUGCUCUGAGUGUGGGAGAAGAUUUGGCCUCAAGUCAAAUCUGAAGCAACACAUGCUAAUUCAUACAGGAAAAAAACCUUUCAGCUGCUCAAUUUGUGAUAACAAAUUUGUCCUCAAGUCAUCUUUGAAGACACACAUGAAAACUCACACAGGAGAAAGACCUUUUAGCUGCUCUGAUUGUCAGAAAUAUUUUGCACAUGGUUCAAAUUUACGAAAACACCUGAGAAUCCACACAGGAGAAAAACCUUUUAGCUGCUCUGAGUGUGAUAAAGCUUUCACUGUAAGUGGAAACCUGAAGAACCACAUGCUGACUCAUUCUGGAGAAAAACCUUUCAGCUGCUCAGUCUGUAAGAAAUCUUUUACACAGAGUGGAUCUUUAAAGAUACACAUGAGAAUCCACACAGGAGAAAAAUCUUUUAGCUGCAGUGUUUGUAAAAAAUCUUUUACACAGAGAGGAACUUUACGGUUACACAUGGCAGUCCACACAGGAGAGAAAAGAUUCAGCUGCAGUGUUUGUAACAAAAGAUUUGCCCAGCAGUGUAAUCUCAAAAAACAUAAAUGUGUUGGUCCGAUGGAAACAGAAGCUGAUGGAGAGGACUGUGGAGGACCAGAACCAGCCAGGAACUCACAUCCACUUUUACAACCAGAGACUGGAGACUCUUCUGAACCUGAUACUGAUAACAUGGAAUAACAUUUGUGCCUUAAAGUCCAAGUAAAACUUCUGAAGUAUCAAACAAAAAUCUCUGUAUCAACAUCUAGAUAGAAGACAUUAUAUUGUGUGGUAGAAAAAUGUACUCUUAUCUUAAAUAUUGUAUUAUAUAUUGUUUUGUCUUGUAAUGUCUGUCAUAUAUCAAUUAUAAUACAAAAUAUCAGACAAAUGUAACCACCCAAUAUUUUAUAGGGCCCACACAUAUAUUCACUUCUUUCUAAGUAACGUAUGUUUAGCAAGAUUCACUAUUAAUCAUGUAUCAAUAUGGGAGUUUAUUCAACAUUUACAUGAGCAUACCAAAAUUGCAUGACAAAAACAGAAGACUGCUCUUAUACUUGACUUAUGGGGAAAAUAUGUACAAAUACAAAUAUGUCAAAUUUGUGCAAGCUGGGGUUUGCAGUGAACCCAAAGAAACCCAACCUCUCCCAUCUCUUUCUGUUCUCUUAAUCAUCCUGCCAUGGAAUUAGCCAUGGUCUGGUGGAUUUUUGUGCAGAAUUUUGCAUCCCUGUGGAAAUCAGAAAAGUAUUGUUUUCAUCUUCUAAAGCUGACAGAUAGAAAUGAGACUUAGGUUUACUUAUUAUAUAUUUAAGUACUUUAAAACGUUAAUAUAUUGUAAACUCCAUGAAUGAGCCUUUCUUUGAUGUCAUUGCCAUUGUCAUUGUUCCAAGAGAGAGCCAAGUAGGCCGACAGUCCUUACGUCUGGCUGGGACUGCGCUACACCUCACCUGCACUCUGGAUUUCUGGUUCUGAGUCAGUGACGAGGUGGUCUGUUAUAAGAACUGGGACUCACAAAAGAUGGAUGAUGACUGUGACAUGUCUGGAGCCAUGGACAGAGGAGGACAACAUAAGUGGUUCAAAAAGAUUGACAAUGAGGAGUUUAAUUUCAUCUGUUCUAAAUAAAAACCCUCUACUCACUGGUAGCUGGCGUUUUAAUUAUUUACUCACUUUGUUUGCAGUGGUGUGACGUUGACACCAUAUCUGUCUGCUGGGUUUAUUGAAUGGCGUUCUGGGAAAUAUAGGAAUCACAACCAAAGGGGAGGAGAUAUGAAAUUACUAAGACUUUCUAACAGCAGAUUUUAAAUUGAGGGAAGAUUACUAAGGAUGUGAUCCUGUAACAGGUUUUUCUGUCUCCUGAUUCUGGUUCAGCUGAAUGAUCACUAUUUGUUAUUUCCUAUAGUUAUGUUUGUUUCUCUUAAAGUGUGAAUCCUUUUUUUCAAGUUCUGGUGAAUAUUUGAUGAUUGUUAUAUCAUGUAAAAUCUGUGUAUCCAACUUUGGGGGGAUUUUUGGGAGUUUUAUGUUGACAAUUAAUUGCUUUCUCUGAGGCUGAAUAAACUGUUAAACUACA